CUCGCAACCAAUCGUGAGAUGCCUCGACUUGCGGAAGAGGGACCCCCUCACGUACGUGCACUUGUUCGUGGGACGGCUGAUCUACCAAAAAUGUUCAACCUACUGUCCGAGCUAGGCCCCCCACCUGCGAGUGUCGUCAGUGAUACCAAUGAAGAGGUCGCCGCAAAGAUGGCCCAACACUUAUCCUACGUUGCAAACACAAGCACCGAGCUAUUCAUGCGGUGUCAACUAUAUGCCAUGAAGCGGGAAGAAGAGUCACAAGCAUUUAAAGCCACGAUGAGGGAUUUGGAAAACCAACUUGAGUCUUAUCGCGCGCGGGUGGCCCAGUUGGAGGAAUCUUUAAAGCAAUAUCCGAAAUCCGAUCAGUUUCGCAGGGACGCCAUUGCUCAUUUCGCCUCUCAUCCGACCGAAAUACCUGGUCUGCUCUCUACUCUGUGCCCAUCUGAGGAAGCUGCUCUACCUCUAUUCCACAUGUUUCGGGAUGAUCCAGUGAUAUCAAAGAUGCUCCGUAGGGUGGCUGGCUGGGGAUACCACAAGGGAAAAAAGGGGAUGCAACAAAACUUGUAUCGCACACUGGAGGCUGCCCUUCCGGACGACUGGGAAGAGGUCCGUGUUGUGCUACCCGCCGAUCUGACACCUCCUGGUCCAGAACCAUUCAGCAAGCCUUCAACAAGUUCGAUUGAUCCUUCUGCAACAUCCUCAUGCAAUUAAGAUCCUUGACCGCUUUGCUCUCCUUUAAUUGUUCUUUAGGUUUUCCUUCGUGUGCUCGGGAGGCUGACCCCGUUCUUGUGUCAGUCAGACUAUCGUACUCUUUCAAGUAUUUCCUCUUUUUUAUGA